GGAUUUGCCUCCGGUGGUUAGAGACAAAAACAUCAGUCCCAACCCAAAGCCUGUCUAUAUCCUUUUAUAUAAAUAACCCCCCUUCUAUGAUCCUUUUUCAUCAUCAACUACAAGCAUUGCCUAUUUAGACACCAUAUUGUUCUGAAUUUCUAGAUUUCUUUCUUGUGUCCAAUCAUCCUAGUAAAAAUGGCAAUUCUCAGUGCUAAAAAACUCAUCAAGAUGGCCAGGAGAUGGCAGAAGUUUGCAGCCAAGCAGAGGAAGAGGAUUUCAUUUCCGAGAAAUGGAAGUAAAGCCGAAGGUUGCAGUAUAUCCUCAUCCUCUAUAGUUGAAAAAGGCCAUUUUGUAGUCUAUACAAUUGAUCAAAGGCGCUGCGUGUUUCCCUUGACUUACCUUCAAAAUGAGGUCGUUAUGCAACUUUUAAGCAUGUCGGAAGAAGAGUUUGGACUACCGAGUGGUUUCCCUAUUACAUUACCCUGUGAUGCCGCCUUCAUGGACUACAUCAUUUCGCUAAUACAAAAAGGCGUAGCUGCAGGAGAUCUUCACAAAGCAUUGAUCCUCUCAAUUCCUUCAUGUUGUUGUUCAACUUUCUCUUUGCAUCAAGAAAGUGGAAACCAACAGCUUCUUGUUUGUUGAGUCAUAAUCAACAUUUUUUCAUUACUUGUUAGCUCAAAAUAGUAUUUAGAGUACACAAUUGUAAAGAAAAUCAUUCAGCUUAAUACUAUUUUUUCAGAAAAUUAUAUUAAACCUUUUACUUUUCUUAGAACCUCUUUGAUCUAAGAAAGUCUUGAUGAUACGGAGGAUAUCAAUCAAUCAAAUAUGCCUCAAACACAAA